UUCACAUUCCAGGCCUGCUGAGACUUCCCCCAAAAUCCUCCAAAAUGGAGCCGCCUCUGCCUCUGCCUCUGACAGCGUGUUCUUUGAAAAGCUCGAGGCUGAAAACCAGGGUUUUAAUCAUUUUCUUCUCUAUGGUUUUGUUCACAGCCAUACUCGGCCUGCUGCAACUUAAGUACUUAAAGCCCAAAGACUUUUAUUCCUUUGAAGUGAUGGAUCCGAAAGGCAGGACCGUUUCGUUGGAGAAAUACAGAGGCAAAGCGUCUCUGGUUGUUAACGUGGCUAGUUACUGCCAGCACACAGAAAAAAAUUACAUCAUGCUGCAGGAACUGCACAGGGAGUUUGGACCAUACCACUUCACAGUACUAGCCUUCCCCUGUAAUCAGUAUGGGGAAAUGGAGCCAGACACAAGCCGGCGGAUUGAAUAUCUUGCAAAAUCAAAUUACAGAGUAACUUUCCCCAUUUUCAAGAAAAUAAAGAUUCUAGGAAGUGAAGCAUCGCCAGCAUUUCAAUUUCUAAUAGAUUCCUCCAAAGCUAUGCCUCGGUGGAAUUUCUGGAAGUAUCUCAUCAACCCAGAUGGGAAAGUCGUGAAGUUCUGGGGACCCGAAGAGCCCAUAGAAAGCAUCAAGCCAGAUAUAGCUGCUCUGGUUAGGCAGAUCAUUUUGAAAAGAAGAGAAGACCUCUGACAAAGCUGGUGUGCCUUUUGGAUUCCACAGGGCAACAUCUCUCCUCGGCCCUUAGUACAUUCCUGCUUAUUAAUGGUAAAAGCUGGACAAGCAGUGGUUUUUCGUACUGGAUAAAAUUUUGGUAGCCUUUCGACAGAAAACUCUUCUGUUUAAGGAGCAGCUCUUAAACCACAUGAGCAAAGAGAAGGAUCGGUAUGCUGUGCACUUCACCCAGCUGAGCCCUGGAUCUGGCCCAUGGUCAUGGAUAAUGGGAAUUGUAGUCCCAUCUGGAGGACCACAGGUUCUCUACCCCUGUCCUAGAUGAAUCAAAAUAAGGUAUUCUUUCUUUCCCAGCAGGUUACUGAAAACACUGUUUGCCAAAUAACUCAAGUAACACUAUUUAACCCAAUAAUGAAAGUACAGCGUGAGAAAUUGUCCUGCCAUUGAAUCAUUCUGUUUAAAGCUGAUAAAAUAUAGCAUUUUAUCAACAAUGGCAGGAAAUGCAUGCUCCAUUGAGGGUGGGGUGAGGUGGAGCGGGGGUAAUAACAAAAUGUAAAUAGUUUUUAUGAAGACGUUUUAUUUUUAAAAAAGAGAUAGAAUAAGCCAAGUCUCUGCUGGGGUGUUCUCUUCUAUACACUGGUUUGCAAAAUAAUUUUCUAUUGCACGAUUGAGUAAACUGGAGCAUUAAGGGGGGGAAGAGGGAAAUUAUAAUUUUCCUACAUACUAAUAGCAAAUUCAGUCUUGUGAGUGUGGACACUUAGGAAACCAAAGCACCACUAUCCACAUACAAGAGGGAGGUAUCAGCAGGCUUGGAAGAACUCCAGAGUUUACAGAAAUGAUUGCCCAAAUAGUUUUUGCGGGGGGAGAGAGGUUUCUAGCUGGGGAGACUCCUGAGAACCAGACUGAUAGGCCUGAAGGACCAGAUUUGACCCAGGUUCCCCACUGCUGUAGUACGACCAAGAAACAGAAUUAUGGAAUGUGAUCCUAAAAGAAGGGGGGGCUUCCGGUGAAAAGAGGGGUGGGGCACCCGUCAGUGUUUAGCUUUGCAAAAGUUCCAUCUUAUAUUCUUCUGGGGGCCACAUGGACAGGAACUAGUUUGGUGGUCAAUAUUUGGGGGCCCCAAGUGACGAGAGCAGGUUCAGAUUCUACUGCAGUAGUCACUCCAAAAGGGAACCUUUACUAGAUCCUAUACAAAUGAAUGGAUACCCUUUACAGGUCCAGUAAGAAAUGCUGACUUUGGGGAAACUGUUGCCAUGAUGUCAAAAGCUUCCUGAACACAGUCCCUUGCUGACAGAUAUCCUGCAUGCGCUCUCCUCCACAUCCCAUGGUCAUGGCAGGCCAUUCAUAAAUACCAGUGCAAGAGCAUAGCAAGUUUAACCAUUAGUAAGUUCUCCUCUUCAUACUACCAAAAAAAACACACACCCUAAAAUGUGUAAUAAUUGUUUCUCUACUUUAUUUUGCAAGGAGAAUGGUAGGUUACCAAUACAGUUCAUAUUGGGAGUCCCAUACAAAAGAAUCCGUACCUCAGUUAUUGGGAAAUAUUGAUCAUCCACCUGUGAA